GCAAAGGAAGAAAAAAGUAAACACAAAAUCCAAGUCUAUAAAUUAAGAGUAUUUGUGAGAUAUAUUUUAGUAGUGGAAAAUGGUAGGACCAGUAAGACCUCAAAUAGUGUUGUUUGGUUCUUCCAUUGUUCAACUGAGUUAUAGUGAUGAAGGUUGGGGAUCUAUUCUUACAAACUUGUAUUCUCGCAAGGCAGAUAUAAUUUUGAGAGGAUACUGUGGUUGGAAUUCAAGGCGUGCUGUUCAGGUUCUGGAUACAAUAUUUCCCAAGAAUGCUGUUGAGCAACCAUCAUUGGUUAUUGUGUACUUUGGUGGCAAUGAUUCUAUUCAUCCACAUCCAUCUGGCCUUGGUCCUCAUGUACCCCUUGAAGAAUACAGAGAAAAUAUGAAGAAGAUUAUUAUCCAUCUUAAGAGCCUGUCGAAGAAGACUCGCAUAAUAUUGCUCAGUUCUCCUCCAGUCAACGAGGCGCAAAUUCAUGAAACAUUCAGUAAUAUAUUGGGACCACUAAAGAGGACAAAUGAAUCCUGUAGACUUUACUCAGAAGCAUGUUUGGACUUGUGUCAUGACAUGAAUGUCAAGGCCAUUGACCUCUGGUCAGCACUUCAGCAAAGGGAUGAUUGGUCCGAUGUUUGCUUCACGGAUGGAAUUCAUUUGUCACAUGAGGGGAGCAAGAUAGUGGUAAAAGAGAUAUUGAAGGUCCUCGAUGACGCGGACUGGAACCCAAGUCUACACUGGAAAUCAAUGCCAAAUGAGUUUGCAGAAGAUUCACCAUAUGAUCCAGUUGCUAUAGAUGAAAAGACUACAGUAAAUGUAUCCAACUGGAACUUCCAGAAGAAUUUUGAAUGGGAAAAAGCUUUGUCCAUUUCCAAAUCAUCGAACGGUCAUCAUCAAUUUUAAGAAUCAGCUGUCACUAACCAGCAAGGUCUAUAACUGAGAUCAAGAAAAGUAUUUGAAAUGACUUUGGGAAAAAGUUAUCAGGUUUAUGAACACAAGUGUUGUGUUCAAAAAAUAAGUACUAGAAUUUUAUUUAUUAUCAAAAUAAUAUGAAGAUCAUCAAUAAAGUAUUAUGUAUGCCUUUCAGUUUUCAAAUUGAGAUGCAUUGAUCCAAUCUAAAAUUUUAAACAA